AUGUUUGUAUCCCAGGCCUCUGUUUUGGAUCCAGGUUUGGGUUGUCUACAGGUGCUCCUGGGAGAUGUUGGGGCCGGAAAAUAUAGUUUAGUUUUGCAUUUUGUUAAAGGACAGUUUGUUGAAUUCCAGGAAUCAACUAUAGGAGCUGCCUUUUUCUCUCAAACAGUGGCAAUAAAUGAUGCCACUGUUAAAUUUGAAAUAUGGGACACAGCAGGUCAAGAGAGAUACCAUAGUUUAGCUCCAAUGUACUAUAGAGGAGCUGCAGCUGCUAUAAUCGUGUAUGAUAUAACAAAUCAAGAAUCCUUUGAAAGAGCAAAAAAUUAGGUUCUGUUGUCGCUAGGUAACUCAAACAUGGUUAUGGUGCUUGCUGGAAAUAAAUCUGACUUGGUAGAUGCAAGGAAGGUGGAAACAAAGGCAAGUACAUUUAAUUCUAUUCUCCGGGUUUGAAAUGCUGCCAACAAAAGCAUGCUCUAAGUAUUUGAUGGUGCAAUUGAUCAUGGAACAGAGCUGACAAUUGUUUCUUUGGUUCUUGUUUCAAACAAUUGACUCUAUAAAUAACCAAGUAUUUAGCCACCUCUUUUGUUCUUUUUG